AGGGCGGCCCCAAGAGUUGGGGUGCGGCGUCCUCCGAGCCCGGGUCCUCUCCGCUGGGCCAGGGACCCGCCCCGCCCUACCCGUUCUCCCCACUCCGAAGUCCUGAGAUUCGGGGUGGCAGGGGUGGCCAGGAGCGCGCGGAUCAGACGGUGGGGUCGGGGCAGGGUUGGGAGGACGAGGCCUGACUUGGGUGCGAGGAGUGGGCAUGGGGUGACGGGCGCCGCCCUCCUACCGGGCGGGCCUUGAAAACGGGUCUUCCCGCUGCUUCCUCCGUCCCUUGGCUUCCUCAGUGCAGGUGCUGCAGCCCCCAUGGCUCGGGGUCUCGGGGUCCUGGUGGCACUGCCACUCCUGCUCCCGGUUGGCUUCAAUGCUGAGGAAGCCCACAAUAUUGUCAAAGAGUGUGUAGAUGGGGUUUUAGGUGGUGAAGAUUAUAAUCACAACAACAUCAACCAGUGGACCGCAAGCAUAGUGGAACAAUCCUUAACACAUUUGGUUAAGUUGGGAAAAGCUUAUAAAUAUAUUGUGACCUGUGCAGUGGUCCAGAAGAGCGCAUAUGGCUUUCACACAGCCAGCUCCUGCUUUUGGGAUACCACAUCUGAUGGAACCUGUACCGUAAGAUGGGAGAACCGGACCAUGAACUGUAUUGUCAAUGUUUUUGCCAUUGCUAUUGUUCUUUAACUGACUAAAAAUGUUGGGCUAAAGCCAUUAACUUAGGAAUUUGUCAGUGUAUCCUUUCCAAAAAGAGUAAUAGUUGUUUACUAGUGUGCUAGAUGACAAGCGUGCAAUAUGCUUUAAAGCUAUCAACAAAAACUGAUAUUAUCAGCAAGCAAUAUCAUAGUCAUUGGCAGAUUAGCUCAUAUUCUAUACAGCGUCAUUUAAAUAGGAAAAAUGUAAUGCUAGCAAAAAAUAAAUUUAGAAAUAUGGCAUGACAUGAAAAUACAAUCUUACAUUUACACCAGCUUUUCACUAAUAUUUUGUACCUAAGGUGAUGGGGAACUACAUUCAGAUAAUAAAGUUCUCUUUCAGCUAGAGAAGUUAACAGGAAUAAAUAUAUGAACAAAAAAGCUACAAGGAUAAAUGUGGAGAAAAUGAUAAGAAUUAGCUAACAUCUUUUAGUUUUUUAAAACUUUCUUCCCCUCACUUAGUUGUACUUAAUAUUUAGUGGAAAGUAAUAAUUUUUUUUAAAUUUUCUAUCAACGAAUAGGAUAGUAACAACUAUGAUUAACUUGUUUACUUUUUAUGAGGUUUAGUAAAUCAAUUUUUUUAAAAUUUCAAAUUUUUGGAUUUACACUUGAGGGUAAAUUAAAUCUGGUGAACUGAAUUUCCUAGUUAAAUAAAAUUAGUUGCAGUAUAUGAUGAACAGUAAUGACUCAAACAGCUGCCUUACAAUUCACUCAUUCCAUGUGGAACAAACAUUUAUCAGAUGCCUAUUAUGGGCAUAUGUCUCUGCUAAGCACUAUAGUUGUCAAUGUGCUGUGCAAAUGCUAAGUUCCUUUUAGCAAUUGUUCAGUUGGAAGACAAGUAUUAAUAUUUGGGGAAGGAAAAGAAAAUAGUUGUUUUACAAGGGAGGAAAAAAGUGAAUCUGGUUACACGUAUAGAAGUAAGCAAAAUGAAAAGCACUUACUGUUUUCUGACAGAAUUAUAGAUGUAAUUUUAAGAGUUGCUCCUAGCAAGUUAAAAGUGCAUAUAAAAUAUGCAACUCUUAGUUAAAGGCCUUAUUAUCAGUCUUAUCUAUACAAGUAGUAAAUUUUGUCAUUGCUUUAGUUACAACCAUCUGUAAAUAAUUUAAAAGACUUAUUAUAUGGGGUUCAAAUUGAGUGGAAUAAAGUAUAGAUUAAAAGUAUACAAUCAUUAGCACGUUAUCUCAGGGCUUAUGAAAUGUAAUUAAAUUUAUUAAGAAAAUAGAUGAAAAUUAGGGUACACAGCUGGCCACCAAAUGUGAAGUCAAUCUGCUACUUAACCCUGAAAACAAAAUCAGUUUUGCCUAUUACCACUAACACUAAUACAUAUAGAGAGUGGAACCAUAACUCAUUGAAUUUUGGAGAGGAAUAAGCUUUGUGUUAAUAUUGACAAUAUUAAGGCAAUAUUCUUGUAGGAAUACUAUGUGCAUGUUUGAUAUUUUGCCGAAUAACCAUAAUUAAUAAUUGUUCAAUGUUUAAGAAUAGUAAUAACAAAAUAAAGGAGUUUAAUGCAGUGAUCUUUGUUUUUGGCACAUCAAAAAUUCUCAGUCAUUAUUCAUGUUUCUUUAUGCUGCUGGCUUUUGUGCCCUGGAAGAGUAUAAUAGUGACCAAAAUAUAUAUGCAGACUUGUUUUUUAUUAUUGUUGUUUAAGCCUAAUUUAAGAAAAAAAAAAAUCAUACCUCGUGAACUUGCUAUCUGCUCUGUUUCUAGUUAAAAUAUAAUAAAUAUUAUCUUCCUGUGCUGUA